AUGGCUCCUCGGGGCAGAGGCGGCCGCGGGGCCCGGGGGCAGCGGGCGGGCCGGCAGCGGGGCCCGCUGCGCAUCGCGCUGCUCCUGCCCGUGCUGGCCGCGGCGGCCGGGCUCAGCCUGCAGCCGGGCAGGAUGCGGCACCUGGGCGUGUGCCCCAACCAGCUGAACCCCAACCUGUGGGUGGAUGCCCAGAGCACCUGCGAGCGGGAGUGCCAGGCCGACCAGGACUGUGAAGACUUUGAGAAAUGCUGCACCAACGUGUGUGGGCUGCGGAGCUGCGUGGCCGCUCGCUUUGCCGACGGCAGCGUCCCGGCGCUGGCGCUGGCGCCCGCAGCGUCCUGCGAGAGCUUCGUGUGCGCGCAGCAGGGCUCCGACUGCGACAUCUGGGACGGGCAGCCCGUGUGCAAGUGCAAGGACCGCUGCGAGAAGGAGCCCAACUUCACUUGCGCCUCCGACGGCCUCACCUACUACAACAAGUGCUACAUGGACGCCGAGGCGUGUCUGCGCGGCACCCGCCUCACCACCGUGCCCUGCAAGCACAUCUUCACCUGGCCCGACACCAGCCCCGUGCCGCAGGAGACCACGGCGCGCCCCACGCCGGGCGCGGGCCCCGAGCUGCCGGUGCCGCCCGCGCUCUACACCAACCCCUUCCACCAGUCGGUGCGCGCCGGCGGCACCGUCAGCUUCCGCUGCGACGUGAGCGGCCGCCCGCAGCCCGACAUCACCUGGGAGAAGCAGAGCGAGCGGGAGGAGAACUUCAUCAUGCGGCCGGACCAGAUGUACGGCAACGUGGUGGUCACCAACAUCGGCCAGCUGGUCAUCUACAACGCCCGCUACGAGGACGCCGGCAUCUACACCUGCACGGCCCGCAACGCCGCCGGGCUGCUCCGCGCCGACUUCCCGCUGUCGGUGCUCCGGCGGGAGCCGGGGGGGACCCCGCGGAGCGGCAGCCCCCAGCCCUUCCCCAGCGCCGAGUGCCUGAAGGAGCCGGACCGGCGGCGCUGCGAGCCCACGGAGGUGCGCUGGCAUUUCGAUGCCAAGCAGGGCUCCUGCCUGACCUUCCGCUACGGCGGCUGCGGGGCCAACAGGAACCACUUCGAGACGUACGAGGAGUGCCGAGCCGCCUGCCUGGGCAGCGCCCGCCCCACCUGCCUCCUGCCCAUGGUGCAGGGGCCCUGCCAGAACUGGGAGCCGCGCUGGGCGUACAACCACCUGCUGAAGCAGUGCCACUCCUUCGUCUAUGGCGGCUGCGAGGGCAACACCAACAACUUUGAGAGCAAGGAGACCUGCGAGGACGUGUGCCCCUUCCCCAAGAGCCUGCAGUGCAAGGCCUGCCGCCUGAAGAGCAAGAUGGUGCUGAGCCUCUGCCGCAGCGACUUCGCCAUCGUGGGGCGGCUCAUGGAGAUCGUGGAGGACCAGGACUCCGGCAUAGCCCGCUUCGCCCUCGAGGACGUCCUCAAGGAUGAGAAGAUGGGCCUCAAGUUCUUCAACAUCAAGUACCUGGAGGUGACCCUGACCGACAUGGACUGGAGCUGCCCCUGCCCCAACAUGACGGCGGAGGACGGGCCCCUGAUCAUCAUGGGCGAGGUGCACGACGGAAUGGCCACGCUGGACCCCAGCAGCUACGUCCGGGCCGCCAACGACAAACGGGUGAAGAAGAUCUAUGAGCUGAUGGAGAAGAAAACCUGCGACCUCCUGAACCGCUUCCAGGACUAG